AUGGCCAGCGACGAACAGACCUCAACUACCCCCAUCACGGUGGUUCUACCCACUGUCACUCCGUCUACAAACAUCUCCAAUGCCGCAGACACUGCUCCAUCUUCUCGAUCAUCCUCUCGCGCGUCAACAUCUCAAAGACUUCAUUCCCUAGAUAACACCACAACACACGUUAGCCCCACGCAUUCUUUGAACGUAUCCUAUCCAGCCACCGAAGCCUCGCACAAAAAGCAAACCUAUCCACCCUUUCAAGACCACUUCUCAGCCUCGUCAACCAGACGUUCGAAACCAGAAGACCAGAGCAGCCUUGGCCGCCCAGGUUCCAAAAUGGCGCUGUCUCCUAUCCUCCGCAACCACGGCACGGCCGCACUCGCCGAGCUUGUUGGAACCUUCCUUUUCCUCUUCUUUGCCUUCUCCGCCGCCGGGGUCGCCAAUGCUGUGCCGCCUGAGUUUAGCGAUGGCAUUGCGGUGCCCAAUAUUGCAGCGCUUCUGUACAUAUCGUUUGCCUUUGGCAUCUCCCUGAUGGUCAACGUCUUUGCCUUUUACCGCAUCUCGGGUGGUCAAUUCAACCCUGCUGUCUCGACGGCACUUUGCUUGGUUGGCGCAAUCCCGCCGUUGCGUGCCGGGUUCUGCAUUGUGGGCCAGAUUGUUGGCGGCAUCAUUGCCGCCGCCGCGGUCGACGGUCUCUACCCUACGUUCCUGAACGUCGAAACCACUCUGGGAUCUGGCGUCUCGCCGGCCCAGGGUGUCUUUAUCGAAAUGUUCCUCACAACGCAGUUGAUCUUGGUCAUUCUCCUGUUGGCAGUUGAGAAGCACAGGUUGACAUACCUAGCUCCACUUGGCAUCGGCUUUGCCCUCUUCGUGACGCAUCUUGCUGCCGUCAUCAACCGCAGCUUCCCUUCCUACCACUGGAUAUACUGGAUCGGUCCCAUGCUCGGCGCUCUCCUUGCAUCGGGAUUCUACACCCUUCUCGAUUUCUGCAAGUGGAAGCAGGUCAACCCUGGCCAAGACUGGGACGGCAUUGGCGAGAAAGAGGCUCAGAGGGACGACUUCGACGGAGCCCGCGAUCCCUUGACGAGGGUCGCUUGAGCAACCAACCAGCCGCACUUGGAUGCCCCUCCAAGAACAAGAUUGCUUUGGCUUUGACUUUUUGUUCGCGUCCAAGUUCGCAAGGAUAUGUUACUGGAUAUUGUUUUGUUUUGUCAGAGACGACACCAAGAUUGAUGACUGAUGACGAUAAUUGCUGCAAUUUUUUUUUUAUAUUGGCAUUUGGCGAUGUUUUGCAAGAGUGCGCGCUAACUCGAGGCGAAGAAAUGAGACUGGGCCAACUGAAGGUUGUCAGCACCGUCACGACACACCGCUGGCGGUUGAGGGUAUCGAAUGGUUCUCAAAGAUGAAAGUUGCUUUGCUUUUUUUCUUUUGGUUUUCGAGGGACUGGCGCAUGUUCCUGGCCGGACUCCCCAAGCAUUUUACGUCAGCAUGUAAAAGUUAGUUGGUUACCUUGCAG